UGCCGGCGUGAAGGGAAAGUGACGUCACACAAGGAAGUGAAGCUUGCAUCGACAGCAAUUGUCAGCAUAGAGCAACAACUGCAGCUUCAACUAAGAUGAUCUCGCAGUCAUUUGCCGUGAAAAAGAACAAAAACCUGCAUUAAUGGAGCCCGAAAAUGUUGCACUGAAAGAUCGCUAUUUAUAACUCCGAGAUGACUCAGCAGUGGCUUGGAUUCCUGGGUUUUUGGCCUUAUGAAAUACGGCUUUGUUUUCUAUGACUUUAGGGUUGUAACAAUAACAUGAAUAACUAAAUAUUUUUUUUCACGACACAUUUUUAUAAUACGACCAUUGAAAAGCAGUACAGACAAUGUCACUGGGUGAACAGUCUCAAAAGUGGUUUCCAACUCAUGUCCAAGCCACGGUUCUUCAAGCUUCUGGUUUACAGCCAAAGGGCAAAAAUGGCACCAAUGAUGCAUAUACUAUCAUCCAGCUGGGCAAAGAAAAGUACUCCACAUCAGUGGCAGAGAAGACACUAAACCCUGUCUGGAGAGAAGAAGCUUCCUUUGAGCUGCCUGGGUUACUUUUGGAUGGCAACCCAGAAGUCUAUGAGCUAUGCUUCAUUGUUAUGCAUCGGUCCUUGGUCGGGCUGGACAAGUUCCUGGGUCAGAGGUCCAUCAACCUCAACGAAAUCUUUGACAACAAGCAGCGGCAUAAAACUGACUGGUAUACCUUGCAGUCCAAGCCAUCAAAGAAGCUCAAGGAGCGAGGACGCAUCCAAGUCAGCAUCCAGUUCAUGCGGAAUAAUAUGACCGCCAGUAUGUUUGACCUCUCCAUGAAAGAGAAGCCCCGCUCGCCUUUUUCGAAACUUAAGGUGAAAAUGAAGGGUCGCAAACACGACAGUGACACGUCUUCAGCCAUACUACCUCGCUCUGCGGCAUGCGACUUGGACCCAAACUAUCAUUCGCAAGCACGAGCCCAGCCUGAAAGCAAGCCGAAGAGGUCGCUACUCUCUGGGGCCCAGAAACUCUCUGCGGCCCAUUCCAUGUCCGAUCUCAUUGGGACCCACUUUCGACCCAAACUGGACUCAAUGAAUUCCAUUGAAGAAACCGCUGGUCCUCACAGGCGUUCCCAGAGCGAGGUACCAGGCCUCCAAGACAACGAGGCACACAGUGACCCUUUUACUGAUAUCAGUGACAACCUGCCACAAAAGUAUGCCACGCUCCCACGCAACCGCAACCCAUUCGAGGCAGAGCAAGGGCAGCUGUGGGACAAGUCCAAAGAGAAAAAGGAGAAGAUCAGCCUCCUGGAACGCAUGACUGGAAAGAAGGAUGGUCGCAAGACCAGCAACGGGGGUCGCUCGGGCAGUUCUGGAGACCUGCGAUCCCCGAACCCUUUUGGUGGAGACUUGCAAGUACCCGCUAACCCUUUCAGCAACUACAAAGCAAGUGACAAAAGGUCGACGGGAAAUGAAGACCUUACCCUGGGCCAAGGGAGCAGGGAGAGCCACGCCUCGAAAAACGAAGCGAUGCAGCGGAAUGCGGCACCCUAUAGAAACUUGUCCUUCGAGGAAGUGGUACAGGAACUCAUCAAGCAGAAAGAAGUGGUGAAGAAGAAAGACGCCCACAUCAGGGAGUUGGAGGACUACAUAGAUAACCUGCUGGUACGUGUCAUGGAGGAAACACCAAGCAUACUGCGGACACCUUACGAGCCUAAGAAAAGGGCAGGUAAACUCAAUAAGAAGUGAAAAGUGCCGACGAUUGACUACGAUGAAAACCAGUGGGGCAGUAGAUAGAAUAGAACACAAUUUUGUUUUUUCAUUAAAUCCAAUUACAUAUUUCCAUCUGUUAAACGUGACCAAUACUGUGCAUUUUUUCGGUACGUCAACCAAAUGACUCAUUUGUGUGCAUUUAAAUCAAAAUUUCCGUUUCAUUUUUGCACCGGUGAGGCAACGUUCUUCCUGUCGCACACUUGGCUUCUAUCUAUGAGGUUCAAACGAAACCCGAAUUAUGUUUACUAGAAGGUGCGGAAUUAAAAAGCGAUUGUAAUGAAACCGUUUGUAACACUUGCGUUUACACUCGAGCACACAUCUUAAGCCUGCUACCGUUUAGUCAGAGCUGUGUCCUCACAUUUGCUAUCCUCUCUUGCUUAUCAAUGAACAAAGUCUACAUUCUUAAUCCUCAAUUGCGCAUAGUUUUGUUUUAAUUGUGAAGACUAUCAUUUAAGGGUGAAAUCAUUGAACUGGAAAUAAAGUGCAAUAAUCCUAAUUGAAGCAUUUUGCUGGAUGUUAUGCUGGAAUGGAAUUCCAUAAUGUCAUUCUGUCUCACCUUUGAAUGACGUUGGGGAAUGUUUUUUUUUAUUUGUUACUCACAUCCUUUACAAUCAAAAGUACGAUUGAUGAUAGCGAAACUCUGUUACAUUUGAAUACUAAUGUAUUAAGUACUAUAUGUCAGAUUGCUACUGCAUCCAAAUGAGUUCUUUGGUUUUACACUGGUACAAAACGGUUUGUAUUAUGGAUUUGUACAACUAUGUGUAAUCCUAAUCUGUGGAAAUUGUUUUUUUUUUUUUUUGUAUGUAGGCUAUGUAUUGUAUCACCAGCCCGUUUCUUUGUGUAUCCUCCAAACGCAAUCAAUAUCAUAAUGUCUUCCCUCCAAAGUCAGUAAGCACCGAAUUUGUAGGCAUAAACUCAUUUGACGCUGCAUUUUCAUCAAAUUCAAUUUAAAUGACACUGCUGAUUCUAAUCAGAGCAAAAUGAUGACCUCAGCACAUAUUUUGUGUGCGGAAAAGUUACAAUAAAGGCGUAUGCACUUAUCUUUAGGUUUACAUUGGGGAAGUAGCUGCGGUAUUGAAGCAUGUGUUGUAUCGGCAAAAGCCAAAGUUACAUUUGACAAUUCGAUUCUCCUUCUUCUCAUUCCUGCUGGAGGUGUUCCAACUUUGCUACAUAUGAUACCAAAUUCACAGGUGAAAUUGUGUUUGUUGUGGCAAGCAAUGUCAUUUUCUGCUGCCAUUUUAAGUCCUUAUUUGACCUGAAUGUAUUUGGUUUCGUACAGAAAGCCAAACUCUUUUAUUAGUGAAUGUAUUUCACUUGUGUCAUAUGUAGAAGAUCAACAAUGUUGCCUUUCAAUUAUUUUCUACUUCCAAAUAGGCAUGGGAUGAUUUUCCUUUCUGAUGGUAUGGAGAAAAAUAUUGUAAUAUUAGCGUAUUAAAAUCAUACCUCUAAAAAGAUUUGAACAUGGAACCCAAUUUAUUUUAAAACUGUUACAACUCGGCCCUCCCCUCUGUGCUCAGCUGCAAGCAGCCAAUCGUAUUGUGCCCUUGAAAAAAGACAAAGUUUUAGUGGAAAUUGAUAUCUUGACUAUUUAAAAUCACGGUAAACCAUCAAACAGGUACAAUCGUCCCAUGCCUAGUUCCAAAGAAAACUUUCUUUUUUUUACUACACAAUUGCGGUAUAAUGGUGGCAAGCUGCAUGUACGAUUUAAACAAUAGCCCAUUUUAGCAUGUAUACUGUACUUAAAAUGUAGAUCAUUUCCAUUUAGGAAAAUCCCCUCACUGAUUGCCUUCUAAUGUAUGCUCUAGUUUGACCUCUCGUCACACACUCGUUCCUACUUAACUGCUUUAAGCGUGUACGCGUAGUUAGCAAGUUGAAAUGGACCUUACCUCCGCGCUUGUUAUAUUCCUAUUGUAUUCAAUCUUUGUAACGUCACACCCCUUUAUUUAGUUGAUUUAUAGGUCACUUUUCAUUUUAUUGUGCUUUAAAAUAUCCGAAAAGGCAUCCACUGUGGAUUUCUAAUUGUAGAAAAUCCCCCACCUAUUAUUCAUUCAAUGUAAUCGUCACACUGCGAUAUAAAAUUCAUUCUCAGGAAUUCAAAUUAUUUUACAGCUCAGGCAUGUUUAUUACUAAAGAUGAUCCUACAAGCCUAAUAGAUUCCUAUCCAUGUGAUAGACAACAUGUAAUUUAUGUUUAUUCCCACCAGGUGCCUGCAAAGUGAAGGCACACAGCAGCUAUCUGCUCUAUUCAAAUGAUGAAAUAUGAAUACUAAAGAUGAGAUACAUUAAACAUUGAACACAUUUGGACGCUGAAGGGGAUUUAGUUCACAUGAGAGAAAGCAAUUGUGUCGAAAUGAAUUCAUUUUGACUGUCUUUUUCUUUUUUUUGCCUUUUAGCUUGAUUGCAACAUUUGCUUUAUGCUGUAAUAUAAUUUGGUCCUUUGGUAGAUGUCAAACGGCUGUACGUAAAUCUAAAAUGAAGAGCAUUUUUAAAUCAUUUACUAGCUCCACACUGAAAGGGGGUGACUAUCAUUACUAUACUUCUUCUUAGCAGCUUCUUUGCAUAAUAUUUUCCAUCCAACUCAGCGCGGCUUUUUGAAUAUGCAAAACAUUAAAUAUGCUCCGAGGUGAUGUUUCCUAUAAAAUCCGCUACUAUUUUACACAGCAAUUAAGAAUCAGGCUCAUGGACAUGUCUGAUUCAUGUGUAGAAUUGUUCUUGGUUGAUUAAGUUUGGAUGAAGCUGAACUAGUGGUGAGAAUUUUUUUUUUUCCCGCACUGUUCGACAGUUUUACACAGACUGUAUAAAUUUGAGCAACUCCUAAAUAUGUCCUUUGUUAACCCCCCCCCCCCCAAAAAAAAAACAUCCCUAUGCCUUCUUGUAUAACUGGCAAAAUCUAAUUUCAAUUUGUCUUAUUAAACACAACUGCUUGUACAGCGUGUAAAGUUGACCUCCCUGAAAGGUCGGAGUUGUAGUAAACUGACAUAUUACAUUAAUAUUUGCCUUCAGUGGCCAGUUUGAGGUUUUUAAACCAGCAUGUUUGGAAACAAGGUUGUAUUGAUUUUUUUUUUGGGGGGGGGGGUGGGGGUGCAAGGGGAUUUAAGAACACAAUUGUUUUGUUUUUUUAAGCUUUGGGCAAAAGUAGGCUCAUUGAGAAAUGCUGACUGUAUGUCAAGUGCCAAUUGUCUCCUUCAAAAGAAUACUUGUACUUUAUAAUUAAAUAAAAAUCAUUGAAAGCAACAUUAUUACUACUGCUGUAAUUAAAUUCCAAAAGUACUCUGGAUGUUUUGAAAGGCAAGAUUGUACUGUCCUUUUCAAUAAAGUCGCACUAAAUCCUCCUGA